GAAGACAUUCCUCCACUGUGUGUGGACUGUUGUUGUGUUGCAGACAUGUCUGAGACCAGAGAUAAAUCUACUGACCAGAUGAAGACAUGGAAGGAGAACAGGAGCUCUCAGAAACCUGAUGUGCUGACCACAGGAGGGGGCAAUCCUGUGGGAGACAAGCUCAAUAUCCUGACUGCAGGGCCCAGAGGACCCCUGCUGGUCCAGGAUGUGGUCUUCACAGAUGAGAUGGCCCACUUCGACCGUGAACGAAUCCCAGAGAGGGUGGUGCAUGCUAAAGGAGCUGCCGGAGAGUCUGGCUCAGCAGACACAGUGCGAGAUCCUAGAGGCUUUGCUGUCAAGUUUUACACCGAAGAGGGCAACUGGGACCUGACGGGCAACAACACCCCCAUCUUCUUCAUCAGGGAUGCCAUGCUGUUCCCAUCCUUCAUCCAUUCUCAGAAGCGUAAUCCUCAAACGCACCUGAAGGACCCUGACAUGGUGUGGGACUUCUGGAGCCUGAGGCCUGAGAGUCUCCAUCAGGUGUCGUUCCUGUUCAGUGACCGAGGCCUGCCUGAUGGUUUCCGUCACAUGAAUGGAUAUGGCUCUCACACCUUCAAACUGCUCAACGCUGGUGGACAGUGUGUUUACUGCAAGUUCCACUACAAGACUGAUCAAGGAAUCAAAAACCUUCCAGUGGAGGAGGCAGACCGUCUGGCAUCCACCAACCCAGACUAUGCACUGGGAGACCUGUUCAAUGCUAUCGCAAAUGGCAACUACCCAUCCUGGACCUUUUACAUCCAAGUCAUGAGCUUUGAGCAGGCUGAGAGUUUCCCCUUCAACCCCUUUGAUCUCACUAAGGUGUGGCCCCAUAAAGAUUACCCUCUGAUUCCUGUGGGCAAACUGGUCCUGAACAGGAACCCAGUCAACUACUUUGCAGAAGUGGAGCAGCUGGCCUUUGACCCCAGCAACAUGCCUCCAGGCAUCGAGCCCAGUCCAGACAAGAUGCUGCAGGGCCGGCUCUUCUCCUACCCCGACACACAUCGGCACCGGCUGGGAGCAAACUACCUCCAGCUGCCUGUCAACUGCCCCUACAGGGCCCGCGUGGCCAACUACCAGCGUGAUGGUCCCAUGUGCUUCACUGACAACCAGGGGGGAGCUCCAAACUACUUUCCAAACAGCUUCAGUGCCCCGGAGUGUGAGCCUCGGUACCUGGAGUCCAGGUUCAGGGUUUCCCCUGAUGUGGCUCGUUUCAACAGUGCAGAUGAUGAUAAUGUCACACAGGUUCGUGUCUUCUACACCCAAGUGCUGAAUGAGGAGGAGCGCCAAAGAUUGUGCCAGAACAUGGCAGGAGCCCUGAAGGGAGCUCAGCUCUUUAUCCAGAAACGAAUGGUGGAGAACUUGAAGGCCGUCCAUCCAGACUAUGGAAGCAGGGUUCAGGCCCUCCUCGACAAGUAUAAUGCAGAAGCUACGAAGAACACAAAUGUGCGAGUCUUCAGCCGUCCAGGAGCCUCUGCCAUCGCUGCCUCUUCUAAGAUGUGAGGCCUUAAAGCUCCGGGUCAUCGCUGCUAUAAGGGCAGAGGAGCACUUUCCUCUAACAAGAACAAGAUCAGACCUGACCUAAUUAUUCUCACAGAUGGGGUCAAAUUAGUGUUAAUGAUGGUUUGGGUCAAUUCUAAACACUUGUUUGUAUCAGCCAGUUAACUGUCAUAAAGCUUGUAAUCAGCAUUAAAAUGGUGGGAGACUAAUCUGUCUUAACUGCAGCUUCAAACAUGUUAAAUUUAACUGCAUAAAGCCUUACAAUCUGUCAGCAUUUUGAUUUAGUUAAUUAUGAAUGGUUGUUUGUGGCCAUUCCACUGUGUGAUAACUCUAUUAAAAUCUACAGUAUAUACAUGUUCCUGAAGUGUCUGUGGGAAAAACAAGCAUGUCUAUGCACCUGCCUGAUGAAGACAGGACUGCAGAGGGCUGCUUUAUUUUUACCCAUGCUUGACUGAACCACUGACACAUGAACAACGUGAUUAUAUAAAUGAACUGAAAUACUAAGAAUAAAAACAGCAUUUCAAAUA